GCGGGGAACUGGUUAGCUUCGUGCUUCGAGAACCCAACUUAUCAUACCUAUGGGCCUGAUUUCAUUCAGAUUUGGCUGGAGCAAAAAACCUCUACUUUUUACCAUGAGGUCUCUAUAUUUCGUGAUCGCUUUGGUAUGCUGUUUUACCGCGUCCUUUGCCAGGGUGCCGGGCAAUGAUAUCAAUGAAUGAAUGAAUCACCAGUCGUUCACUUUAAUGUUAGGGCUGUUAUUCACACAUCUCAGGUACCGGAACCGCAUCUGCCGGCUACAGUGGAUCGCCGUACCCCAGUUGGCGGAGCAGUACAGCUUCAUUGUUAUUUGUCUACAGAGUCCUUACAGCCGUACUUGCUGGGAUGUCAGCUCUCAAUCAGCGCAGGAUUAUAAUGGUGGUGGUGAUUAGGAGCAAAGUCUUUGUGACAGGCUCCAGCUCUAGCGGUAUGAUGACAGUGAGAAUGAUCCGAUAACAUGGAUAUGUUCUUGUGCUCAAUUUUAUGGAAUGUCUUAGCCGCCUCAUAUCCGGGCUGUUUGCCGCUGCGACUGUCUACCCGGGAAUCCCUGAUGGCUGCUUCUACUCAUCUACAAAUCAAGUCGAUGCCUGGAACAGUUGUGCUCUGGGCGAUGUAAUUAGCGCCCCAACGGCCUGGGGUGGCUACAAAGGAUCACGUCCCCGGAUGCAGAUCUACCAUGUAGCAUAGACACGAUUCUCUAUCGGCAAAACUACUACGAAACUUGCAAACAAUGGGCAGGCGUCUUUGGAUACGACUAUGACUCUCCUGUGUCAACUUCAGCAAUACCCCCAAGACGAACUAUCAAACUACUAAUUGGGGUCGUAGUUUGGAUGGGAUUUUCGCAACGGUAGUGGGCCAUACUGUUCCCAUUCAUGGGACGCAGGAUAUG